AUGGAGAAGAAUAUAGCUGAUCUAGCUAUAGAGCUAGAUUUAAUAUAUCGGGAUUUACUAGAAUAUGAGAAGUUUCAAAAUCUACAAGGUAUCGGUGAUCAUAUUACUAUUCAUAGCAGCAAUAUUAAUCAUAUUAAGAAAUUAUAUAAUGAUAUAAAAGAGGUCUUAUGUGAAGUUAAUGACAUAACUUCAUUAUAUACUAAAAAAUUCAGUGAAUUACUAACUAAUUACUAUAUAUAUGGAUCAUUAACACCUGAAAUAUCCCACAUAUUUCUUAAACGUAAUCCUUGGUUUAUAUUUCUCUUAUUAAAUAUAACUAUGGGUGAUAUCAACAACUUAAAUUCUAUUUUUACUGAUUUUAUCUGCCAUUAUAAAAAAGACUCUUUUGUGAAUAUUAAUAACCCUAUACUUAUUGGAAAUAUUUGGUACUUUUAUUCUAGCCUGAUACACAUCCCAUUAAUAAAAGAGUAUACAAUUAAUUUUUGGACAGAUACUGAACUUAGACUGAAGGAUAUUGAUUUAAUCGUAAAUUACAUCAAUAAUUUUACCAAUAUUGUGGACUGUAAGUCCAAUGAUAAUGUUGAUAAAUACUUAAAUAUACUAAUAAUUCUGAGAUCAUUAAUUUUAUUGUGUGAAAAUGUACAAAUUGUUAAAGAUAUACUAUUAAGAAGUGACUUAACAAAGUGUUUAAGAUGUUUUAUCAGUGGUUUUAACAAAAGUGGUUGCAACCAGGUGACUUCAAGUAAGCCAACAGUAUAUUUAAGUAUUAGAUUGUUUACUAGUAUAAAUUCAUUUAACGAAAAAGAAAAGCUAAAAUACUAUGAAAUGUAUAAUAUUUUGGAUUUUUCCAGAAGUAUUCAACUAUUACAGUUACCUAGAGAGCUUUCAAAGGUUGAAUAUUAUAUUACAAAACUAAUAUUAUUACCUCCCCCACUGGAUACUAUCGAUUUUUUAAGAAAUCCAACUAAUUUUUCUAUUCUUAAGAAACUUAUAUAUCCAUGUUUAAUUCAUAGAUGUCUCAUAAGCCCACAAAAAAAACUUGAUAUUGAUAAUUAUAAAAUAUUAAGUAUAUCUGAAUUAUGGAAAGAUAAUAAUACUUAUUUGAAUAUUUAUAAUAAGGAUACACAAAGUAGUAUGCUAAAAAAAGUUCUAGCUUCUGUAAUGGCUAACAGACCUUUGUUAUUUAUUGAAAAUAUAAUGAAUGGCUUACGUAUUUAUAAUACUUUACUUAAUGUUGCUUUAAACAUCUAUAAAGCUAACAUAUCAAGAAAUAAUGACAACUCUAAUUUAAUAUCUAAUCAGUUAAGUAGAUAUAAUGGUAAUAUUAUAAGUCUUUACUUAGAUAGCUCUAUAGAUAGUAAGAUCUUAAUGGGAGCAUGGAUUUGUGGUGAGAAACCUGGGGAUUUUGUUUGGAAAUAUGGUAUCCUUGCAGAAUGUAUGAUAAAUGGAUCUUGGUUAUUAAUUGAAAAUAUUGGGAAUGCUCCAUCAGAUGUAAUGGCUAAGAUCAAUGAAAUUGUUGACAUAAUCAGUAGCUGUAAAUUUAAACAUGGUAUUGUUUCAAGGUAUUUAGAUAUUCCUGAAUUAAAUAGUAGAAUCAAAAUACAUCCAAAUUUCCGCUUAUUUGGGACAGUGAUAGUAAAUAAUGAAGACUUGGAUAAACAUGUUGCUAUAAAUCCUGAGGUGUUUAAGGAAGUACAGGUGCAGGUACAUGACAACAUUGAGGAGAUAUUAGAUGAUGAAUAUAAACAUAUUAAACACAAUAUUAAUCUUGAAAUUGAAUACUUUAAGCUGAUUACUAAGGAAAUGCAGGUUCCUAACUUAACAAGUGACAACCCUCUUUCGGUUCAGCACUCUAAGUGGUUUCUAGAAUACGUUAAUAGCCCGACUGAUUUAGAUUUUAAACAAAGAUUAAAGGUAAUAUUCCCAGAGUUAACUCCAUUUAUUAGUUGCCUAAUAAGUGGAUAUUUCAAUAUUUGCAAUAUGCUAUAUACAAAUAAAAAAUUACUGAAUAUCAACAUUAGAAUCCCAUCAAGUAGAGAUUUUGUUAUAUCAUGUGAGAGAGUGUCAUUUAUUUUCAAAGAUCAAAAUAUAAAUAUUACUCCUCAAGAUGAAAGUGAUUAUCUUAGUAGGCACUUCUUGUCUGAACCAAUGAAACUUAAAAUUUGCUUUCAUGCUUGUAAUACUUUGGCUGACCAUAUUCCAUUUAUUCAAUUUAGAAUCAAAGCAUAUCUUGUAUUUUGUAGUGCUUUUAAUUUAAAUCAAGCUCAAGUGUUCGAUUGUAUUAGAAAUCAAAGAUUUAUGAUUGAGAAAUAUCAAGGCAAAUAUGGUAUUAGAAAUGAGAUACUUGGUUGUAGUCUAAAAUUUGAGUAUGAAAAAGACAGAGGUGAGAAUAAUAUGGAGGAAUAUUUAGACACUCCUCAAAAUAAUGGAAUAGAGUUUCAGAAAACUUUAGACUCUUCUUUAUCGGAUAACUCAAUUGUAUAUACAUCGCAGUCUAAUUAUUCCUAUACAAGUAUCCACUCAAAAUUAUUAUAUGACUUAGCAUUAUCAAUUAGAAAUAACGAAGCUGUCUUGCUAGUUGGAGAUACAGGAACAGGAAAAACAACUGUAAUACAGCAACUUCAUUCAUUGUAUUAUGCAAAUUUACCCAAUGAUAUCAAUAAGUGCCAACUUUUGAUUUAUAAUUUUAGUGAACAAAGUGAGUCAAGUGACUUGAUUGGAUCAUAUAAACCGAAUUAUAUUGGAGUAGAUAUUCGUUCUUUGUAUAAUGACUAUGUUGUAUUAUUGGAACGAAGCAAUAUUAGUAAAAAAAAGAAUUCUGCAGUGCUACAAAAACUUACUGAUUUAAUAAAUAAAGAACAAUGGUUAAAAACUUUGCAAAUAAUUCAAAAAGUGACGAAAACUAUUAUCUCACAGUAUCAAGAGGUAAUUUGUGAUAAAAGCAAACAUAAUUUUGGCAAUUCUAGUAAAUUGGAAGAAUCCAAAAUUAAGACUAAUACACCAAAUACAUCUGAAAUAUUAAUCCAAAAGAUAUAUCCCAGCAAAAAACGUAAUUGGAUGAAUAAAACAAAUAUAGAAAACAUCUGGGAAUUAAUCACUUAUUGGCGUGAGAUAGAUGCAACAUGUACAAAUUUAUUGAUGGACAAUAGAAUAAGAAACUCUGCAAACAAAUCUGAAUUGGAAUCUAAUUUAUCCCCUCAAUUUCAGUUUAUUGAUGGUAUUCUAACUAGAGCAAUUAAAGAAGGACAUUGGAUAAUUCUUGAUGAAAUUAACCUUGCACCUAAUGAUACUCUGCAAAGACUUAUACCUAUACUUAGUAGAGAUUGCUGCAGAAAUGUAGGAAAUUGUAAAAUAUCUUUAUAUAGCAAGAAAGUAACUUUUUUAAUCCCUGAAAAAGGAAAUGAAAUAAUUGAGGUACAUCCAAGAUUUCGGUUGUUUGCAUGUAUGAACCCUUCAUCUGUCCCAUUGGAUAUUAUUGAUAAUAAAAAACUUUUAGAUGAGCUCAUAAACAAUACAAACAGCUCUAACAUAUCUGAAUCCACUAUAGAAUCAUCUAAUUUUUUAAAGACUUCUAGAGUACGUGCAACUCCUGGUAAACGCGAAUUACCAUAUCUUGUUAGAUGCCUAUUUACUGAAUACUUUGUAGAUGAGGUAUAUUCAAGAAAAGAUUUGGAAGAUAUUGUAUAUGAAUACAUGAAAGAUGUACUAAUAACGAACCAAGUACAAAUUGGUGUUCUUGUAGAUAUAUAUCUGGAAUUGAAGUCCCUUUCUAACAAACAUGAAAUUACAAUUGGUAUAGAAGGUAAUGGAUAUGGAGCACCACAAUAUUCUUUAAGAACUUUUACAAAUAGUUUAUGCUAUAUUAGAAAUAUACUUUGUGUUCAAAAUCAGUGGAAAUCAAACGGUAAACUUAUAACUAACCAUAGAACUAGUGAUAACAUACUCACAACUAUAUUGGAUGGUAUACUUAUGAGCUUCGCAACACCAUUAAUUAGCGACUCAUUCAAACGAGUAGAAGCACUUGUUAGACGGAUUCUUGGUAUCAGUAAAAUACAAAAUAUCUCAAAUGUGGGAACAUUAGAUAAUCUUUUGAGAUUAAACAUAUUUGAGGCUCCAUAUAUCAAUUUUUCUAGUUUGACUGCACGAAAAGAUUUGCAAAAAAGAAGUGUUUUAGGCUCACAGAUGGUAAAAUAUGUAGAUAUUAAUGGAUAUAUUAUUAAUGCUGGGGAGGAGAUACUAGAUAAUGAAAUCAUAGAUGAAAUGAGAAGGGAAUUUGUGAUAACACCAUCUGUACUUGAAAACUUAACAAAAAUUGUGCGAAUUUUAUCUGGAUGUAGGAAUCCAAUUUUGAUUGAAGGCCCCACAUCUACGGGUAAAACAUCUCUGAUUAAAUUUGUCACUGAAAUUACAGGGCACAAAUUUGUCAGAAUAAACAAUCACGAACAUACUGAUAUUGAGGAAUACUUUGGAAGAUAUAUGCCAAGCUUAGAAACUGGGAAUUUAAUUUAUACUGAAGGACCACUAGUUACUGCUGCAAGAAAAGGUUACUGGCUAGUAUUAGAUGAAUUAAACCUUGCUCCUAGUGAAGUUUUGGAGUCUUUAAAUCGUCUUUUGGAUUCCAAUAGAGAAAUUUUCUUACCUGAAACUGGAGAAACAAUUAAAGCACAUCCUGAUUUCCAAUUGUUUGCAACACAAAAUCCAGCAGGCAAUAUUUAUGGUGGAAGGAAGGUAUUAUCUCAAGCAUUUCGUAAUAGAUUUGUCGAGAUUUAUAUAGAUAACAUCGUAAGUAGUGAAUUGGUGACAAUAUUAUCAAGUAGAUGUAUCAUACCACCUUCAUAUGCAGAAACAAUGGUUAAUAUAUUUACUGAACUCCAGCAACAUAGAUUGACUUCACAACUAUUUUCUGGAGAUAUGAGCUUUAUGACAGUUAGAGAUCUAUUAAGAUGGGGUAAUAGGCUUGCUAAAAAUAUCGAUAAAUAUGAAUUAUUAAUCCAAGGAUUCUUUUUAAUAGGAGAAAGAAUAAGAAAUGAAGAGGACAAAGUUGAGGUUGCCCAGAUAUUGUUGAAAAACUGUCAACUUUUAAAUAUAAAAUUGAAUGAUAUUCUAAGUGCCACCAUUAAAGAGUAUGAGUAUGAAGAACUUGAUAAAAAAAACAGUAACAGGAGGAAGAAACCAAAGCUUGCUAUCACCAAUGAAUCUAGUAUUUAUUCAUUUCUAAACAAAUUACAAGAACCUAUUAAACUACUAAAGGAAUCGCGAAAUAUUAUUAUGACUGAUACUUUUAAAAGAAUGGCUAGGUUAGUUAACUAUUGUAUUGAGUUUGAUGAACCUGUUUUACUUGUUGGUCCAACUGGAUGUGGCAAAACGACUAUUUGUCAGGAAUUUGCUUCUGCAAAAGGAAGACGUUUAUAUGUUAUAAAUUGUCAUCAGCAUAUUGAAGCUGGUGAUAUGUUGGGUUCUUUAAGACCAAGUAGAGAUGCAGCCACUCAACUUAGACAAGAGCUUAGAAAUUUACUAAACGAAUUUUCUUGUUUAGCUAAUUCUAAUCACUGCAAUAAUAAUUUUAAUAUUCAUAUUCAAGGAAUUCUAGAUUUAAUAAAGCACGUAGUUGAGAUCAUAAGCGAUCAAGAUAAAUAUAUUAAUCAAAAAUUGUAUGGUGAAUUCCAAUUAUCUUUCAAGUCCCUAAAGGAACAAAUAGAAGCAUUAUCAUCUGAAAGUAUUAGACUUAAGACAGAUGAUUUAGAUAGUAAUUAUUUUUAUUUACUAUCCAAAGCUAAUGAAAUUCUUUUUCAGUACCAAAAGGAUCAAACAAAUAAUGAAAAGGGUGCCCUAUUUGAAUGGCAAGAUGGUCCUGUUAUAGAAGCAAUGAAAAGUGGGAGUUAUCUGCUGUUAGAUGAAAUAAACUUAUGUGAUGACUCUGUAAUCGAAAGACUAAAUUCACUACUAGAAAAUGGAAAAGAUCGUACUAUCACAAUAACUGAAAAAAGUGAUAGUACUAAUAGCUUAAACUCCAGCAUGUUUAUCAAAGCUAACCCUAAUUUCCGAAUUUUUGCAACGAUGAAUCCAGGAGGAGAUUAUGGGAAACGUGAGUUAUCUCCGGCUCUUAGAAAUCGCUUUACCGAAAUAUUCAUUCCUUUACUUUCAUUAUAUAAUCUAAAGGAUGACAUUGAAGAGCUUAUAAGAAAUAAUUUAAGAAUAACCCAAAAAUAUUUCGAAAAUGAGGAUAUUAUCAAUUACACUUCAAAAGCUAUUUUAUUUGCCUCAGUGAUGUAUGAAAAUGACUUAAAUGGUAAUGAGAAUGUGAUUAAGAACUUUUGCGAAAAUAAUUUUCCAUCUAUGCCUAUGGAACUUCUAUAUAUUCAUGGACAAUCCAACAACUCAGUAUUUUCAAUAAGAGAUGUAUUAUCAUGGUCUAAUUUCGUCUCAAAUACAUUCAAUCAAGUUUGUAACUUUUACAUGGAUCAAACAGAAAAUGAAUUAUGUCUGAAAUCUAGACUAUCAGAGAUUUUGUGUAGUUGUAAAGAUUUGGAUAUAAUUAUUAAGUGGAUUUUAUUGAUACUUUCAGUUUGUGAAGUAUUUAUUCAUGGUGGAUGUUUAACUAUUACAGACUACACUAAUAGUAACUUCAAUGAAGGUAGAACAAUACUAGAAAUGAUGCUAAUUAAAAGGCUUUUAUAUAUAGCUGUUGAUGUCAUAAUAACUCCAUUAAUUAGAAGAAUUCCAAGUAACAAGUUUAUUAAUAAGAAAGACGAUUAUUUCACUUGCGAGCAAGAAAUAAAGAAAACUAUCUUUGAAAUUUUAGAGCAUAGAUUUAUUGAAGAGGAAGGAUUAGCAUGGAUUACUGAAUUAAAUCUAAGUAGAUCAAAGGCAUACUUCUCAGAGGCUAAUUAUAAAAAUGAGGUAUCUAUUGGCCCAUUUAAAAUAAGGCGAUUAUGUCAAAAUAAUAAUGAUGAAAUUUGCAAAGGAAAAAGUACAAAGGAUAGAUUUACAUUAUGUGCACCUACCAGCUUGAGGAAUAUUGCAUGUGUAUUAAGGGCUAUGAGUAUUCAGAAACCUAUUUUACUGGAAGGUUCGCCAGGUAUUGGAAAGACAGCAUCUGUUGGUAUAAUUUCAAAGAUGAUAGGUAUGAAGUUACAUCGAAUAAAUUUAAGUGAGCAGACUGACUUAACUGACUUAUUUGGCUGUGAAAUUCCUCAGAAAAGGCAAAAUCAGAGUGUAGAUAUAAAUACAAGUGAUGAAUCACUAGAAACACAAAAUAUUUCUAAUUCUCUGAUAGGGUGGUCUGAUGGGAUUUUAUUAAGAGCAAUGCGUCAAGGUGAUUGGGUAGUCCUAGAUGAAUUAAACUUGGCUACUCAGCAAAUAUUAGAAGGUUUAAAUAGUAUUAUGGAUCAUAGGAGGAAUGUUUAUAUUCCAGAAAUAGGACAACUAGUUACAUGCCAUCCAAACUUUCGGAUAUUUGCAACACAAAAUCCAGUAAUUGAAGGUAGUGGAAGAAAAGGACUUCCUCAAAGUUUUUUAAAUAGAUUUACAAAAUUAAGCAUUAAGAAAUUAAAUUCACAAGAUUAUUAUACUAUUGGAAUGUCACUCUACUCAAAUUUACCAGAAAAGAUUAUAAAAGUAUCUAUUGAUAUUAUCUUAUCUAUUAGAAGUUACCACAGAGAAAUAAAACCUCUUAAAAAUGGAAAUGAUUGGGAAUGGAACUUACGAGAUGCUAUUCGUUUACUUGAAUUAGUUCAAUAUAACUUCAAUUUAGUUACAGAAAAUACUCAGGAUUUUCAUAUUUCCAGAUUUCCAGGUGUUCUCUCAAAUGAUAUCCCAAGAAAGUAUCUUCAUUACUUAUUACAGUCAUUAUAUCAUAGUAUCGAAAUUAUUUGUAUAUCAAGACUCCAAUGUGAAAUAGACAAAAAUAAUAUAUGGAAAAUUAUACAUAAAAAAAUUCGCCUAUACUUUACACUCAACUAUAAUCAAUUAUCAACAAUAUCAAAUUAUAUAAUUAAUCAGCCUUAUUUUGCACUUAAGAGACUUGAAUUUAAUAAAAUUUCGGUUAACUGUUAUAUUGGACAUUUACCUAUUAAUACAUAUUUAUAUCAAUCUAUAAAUACGUCAAAUUCCGAUUUAGCUCCUUCAAGACAAAACCAUUUUAAAGCAGCUUUAGAUCUAAAUUCAAUACCGUUAUAUUUGAAGAAAUAUACUCUUAUAAUGGCAGAAUGUAUUUUAAUUAAUGAGCCAUUAAUGAUUGGCUGUGAAGUUGAAGAUAUAGAGAACAUAACUAGUUGCAUUUACUCAUUAUCAAGUUUUGCUUUUGAUAAUAUUACUGUGAAGGAAAUAAAUAUGACUCCUUCAAUAGAUACAAAUGAUCUAAUUGGAAAUUUUCAGCAAUACAACAGUGAUAUAAUAAUUAUUGAUAUUAUAAAUGUAAUCAAAUACAUAUUCAUAUACUGCAAAAAUCUACUUUUGAGAAAUUCCAAGAAAAUUCUUACUAAAAAUAUGGAUAACAAUACUUAUAUUGGUUUUUGGGAGAAAUUCUUUAAGUUGACAUCUUUAUACAAUGAAAUAGAAGGUUUGUCCAGGAAGUACACAGAUAAAAUUUAUAUAGGAGUGGUUGAAAGUGAGUCGAGUUUAAUAUUAGAUAAGCUUGUUGAAUUAAUAGAAAUAUGGAUGAAAUACAUUAAAACAGAAUUUGAUCAUAGAGAAGAACUAUCUAAAAAUUGUAAGGCUUCACUUGAAGAGAUAGAUUCAAAAUUAUUACUCUUAAAAAAUAAUGAAAAAAGGAGGAAGGCUAACUAUCCACAAUUUGAAUUUGUAUACUCAGACCUUAUAAAGGCAAUUAUUGCUGGUGAAUGGAUUAUAAUUAAAAAUAUCCAGAAUUGCUCAUCAACUCUAUUGGAUAGAUUAAAUGCAUUAAUUGAAGAUAAAACAAAUGAUCUAUUUAUUACUGAAAGUGGCGAAGCUAAAUAUAUUAAACGACAUCCUAACUUCCGUAUAUUCUUUGUAAGAAGCAACAUUUUCGAGUUAAAUCAAAGUCAAUUCAUAAGUAAUGCACUUAAAAAUCGUUGUAUUGAACUUUUCAUCUCAACUAAUCAAGAAGAAUACAUGCAACAUUGUACAGAGAAAGUUAGUGAGGUAGAUGACAACAGUUUAUUUAGAAAAAUGUCUCUGGAUCUUAAAGGAAAGCAUUUUACAUUUGUAAAUGAAAUACUCAAGCCAUGUAUUCCAAUAUUUCUUCAAGAUCUUCUGGAUAAAGUAUUUGAGAAUGAUUUAUUAAAUAUUGGGAGUAGUAAGAUUGGAAAUAUUGAUGCAAUAAAUGAUAUUAUAAAACGAAUAACAAUCAAAAUUGGUAAAUGUUCAUUGUGCAGACAAUUUAUUGAAGAUUUUAUGCUUUCCUAUGAGACUAUUCAUCCAAUUUUGCAGGCAGAAGCUAAUUUUUGGUUUUCUAGCUUAUUUUAUUCCCCUGCACUGAAAAAUUGCAACAUUUAUAACAAGAUAUUUGAUAGUGGAUAUUGUAAUUCAGUGUUAAAUAUAAUGCCAGCUGUAUACAUAUUAAUUGGUAGCUUUAUUAAACUUAUAAAUAUUCUUUUGGAGAUAAGUUAUACUCUUUUCAAUGGUGAUCAAUCAAACCUAUUAUUAAAAAAUGAAGUAAUGCAUAUCACUAAAUGUUUCUCAUCAAGUAAUGAAAUAAAAUUAGCUCUAGAAAAUAUAGAACAAUUGUGUUCAGAUGUUAAGGCAUAUAUUCUUGAAAGUAUAUUUUUAGAAAGUUCAUUCUACAUAAAGUGGCAAGAUUUGAUGUUUUCAAGUUUAUUAUCAGAAUUUGUAUUAGCAUUAAGUGGAAUAGAUGAUAUUGAUAAUAAUUCACUAGCUAUAAAUAAUGUUCAAUUACAACAUCUGAAUCUACUAACUAGUACAUUCCUAGAUUUAUAUCGUUUUUCAAAUUCAUCCAACAUGUUUUUAAUAGAAAAAAUACUUCAGUCAGCUAUAAGAACAACAAUAAAAAUGAUGAAUUUUAGGGAAUCAAAGUAUAAUAUUGAGCAACCCCUUCAAUUAAGCAAUAUAUAUACUGAUAAAUCUAUGAGCUUUCCAUCUCAAAUUUUGUUACAAGCUUCUAUUAUUUUCUCAAAUAAUAAUAUUUUUCAACAGCAACGAAUAAAUACAAAUUCUACGUUAAAUCAAAUAGACUCAUUAAAAAUAUCUUUUAAAAAUAGUGAAUACGUAUGGGAUUUGUACAAGAAGUUUUGUAUUUUCUUCAAAUAUGCUUCAGAAUUUGAUAUAGAAGAUAGAGUAUUAUUUAUUAAGAAUAUUUCCCUAGAAAUUGGUGAAGAUUCAAUUGAUGAAUUACUCAAUAUUUAUAAAAACAAUCUUGUUGAAUGCUUGUAUAAUAUAUGGAGUCCUAGAAAUGAAAUAAAAAAGAAACAGGAAUUAACUUUUUCAUGCAAUAAAUUAAUAUCACAAAGUAUGAGAAUAAUAUAUAAUCAAGAAUGUAUAGUAUCACUAAUGAAAUAUGAUAGCUAUUUCAUAAAUUCAGCUCAAAGUAUUAAUUUUUCAUUUAUGAAGGGUAUAAGCAAGCUAAUUCAUACUAGUGUAAAUAUCAUACUUCAUCCAAUAAUUCAGUUGGACGAAUGGAACUUACCUAUUUACACUUCCACUUUGUUAUAUAGUAUAAACAAAUUUUUUUCCAGUAAUAAACAUGAAACUGACCUAAAUUCUUCAAUAUUGAAUUGUGAUAUACUGUUUCAAUAUUUAAAGUCUUCUUACAUUAAUGAAUCUCAAGAAUGUAAGGAUAAGCUAUAUACUUUAUCAUUAAUUAAUGAGAUAGUCCUCGCUAGUCCAAUAUUAAUAUUAAGCAACAUAAAGAAGUUUAUAUCUUUAAUUAUAAGUUAUGUAUAUGAAGAUAUAUUGAACAUAUUAGAAAGCAAUUAUAAUAAAACAUUUUUCAAUUCAAUUGAAAAUACAGUAGAAAACAAUAUAAAUAAAAUAGAGUUCUAUGAACCGAAGCAAUAUAUAGAUUACGAUACAAUAUUGUUAUAUGUUGAAGUAUUUAAUAUCUUGGAACUAUUUAUAAAUAUGAUCUCUACUCCAAAUAUUGGAGAUUCACCCACAAUGGCAAUUGAAAUGAUUAGUAUCUGGAAAUUUAUAGGUGAAGAUAUAGUUAAUUUAAGUUUUGCAUUAUAUGGUAAUAUUGAAAAAAUUUCUAGGUACAGAUCAGAAUUGAAGAAUGUUAUUGGAUCAACAGCACUGUACAAUUACUUGGAAAGUCUAAUAUGGAACUUUAAGAGCAAUUGGAAAUUUUCUGAUUUAAACCUAACUAUUAUUGAAGACGGAAUAGAGAAACCUAUUCAUAUGGAAAGUUAUAUUGAGAGGGUUGUAAUAAAUAAUUUCAUGAAUGGACUAUUUUGUGGAUUUCAAGUAUAUAUAAGAAAUGAAGCACUGCAAAUCCAAUUGGGUUUAUUUAACUUACUUAGUUGUCCAGGAAUAAAUACCAAGUUUGAAGAUUUAGGUACAGCACGAAUUAGGAAUAGAAUAAUAUCAAUAUUUAAAAAUGAUUUAAAUGGAGCUUUAAAUCUUAUAUCUCAAAUUAAACUAUGCAACUUUGAAUUUAUUGAAAGAUCAGUAGAGCUAUUUAAGAGAAAUAAUAAACUAUACAAAAUUCUAGAUGGUAAUAAGAAACUUUCUUCAGAUGUAAAUACUGAUAUGUAUAAUAUUAAGUGGGAAAGUAUUCUAAUAAAACUGAGAAGCUUACUCACUUGUAACUUAAAUAAAGAAGAAACAAAGAGUCAAGUAUAUUUUGAAAAGUAUGAUGAAUGCAUUUCUGCAAAUUCCUUACUGUUUCCACUUAAAUUAGUUGAAGGUUAUACAAUAAAUUAUGUCAAUAAUUUAUUAUAUGUUUUAUAUUUGGAAAAACUUCAAUUAGGGAACCUAUCUAGAAAUGUCUUCAAUUCUAAUUUCUUGUUGAAAUUAUCCUUUCAUCUAACUAAUAUACUAGAGGAAGGACUUACCAUAAUAUAUAGUAAGGAUUCAAUAUCAAAAGUAAAUCCUCUUGAUAUUAAUAUAUCGUUUACUAACAUAAUUAAUAUUAUUACUGAUCUUCAAUCCUUAGGUUUUUUGUUUGAAUAUUUAGAGUCAGCUGGAUACCGGAAUGAAGAAUUGUCAAUUAAACUGGCUAAUCAAUAUAAAAUACAUCAACUCCUUUCAAGCACUGUAUUUUCACUAUUUCCAGAAAUUGAAGUAAAUUCUCAACCUAAAGUUAUUAAAUUAGACAAUAUUAAGUCAAUACUGGCAAAUAUAUCAUACAGCCUAAUACUUGAUAGGGACAAGAAUAUGAAUAUACAUAGGGAGGGGCAAAGUGAGGCAGAUUUGGAAAAUGAGGAUGAACAAGUGAUUUUGUCAAUAUUUUCUAGUAAAAUAAUGAAAUCUAUUUUAAAACUCCAUCCAUUGUCAAUAAUGACAAUUGGGUUGAACUUCAUAUCUGAGAGAAUUGCUGGGAUUUCUAUAAGAGAUUCCAUAAAUAUUAAAGAUAAGUUAUAUUUCAUUUCAAAUGUGAUGAGAGUUAAGAAUCACAAAAUAAUUAAUUGCAGGGGUGAAAUUAAGAGAUGUAGAAUAUCAGUUGAGUCACUACUAGUGAGAUUUUUGUUAGAAAUGGCAAUAUCAAAUAUGGCUUACUUCUUACUUUUAAAUGGUUUCAAUAAUAUCUCGAUAAAAAUAAAGAAUAUUUUACCAGUAAUAUUUGAUUACUUAGAUAGUAAUAAUAAUAGUGAAUUAAUUAAUUUGGGUUGUUCUAUUGAAGAGAUAAUUACUGAAUUAUCAAAUAUUCAGAAUGAGAGCUUCAAUGAGUUAGAAUACGGUUAUAUACAUAAUAUUGAUUACAAAAACCUAGAACUAUUGAGUGAUGGUGAACUAAGAUCCUCGGAUAUUAUUAAUAAGAAAAUUCAGGAUAAUGUACUAUUUAAAAAGAAGAUGGGGGAAUUACUAGAACUAUUUGUUAAAUAUAUUAAACUAUUGAAUUACUUCUUAUUUAGUGAGCUUAAAGAUUCACUUAUGAGUUGUUCUAUUAUAAUAUUAUAUUCAAGCAUUAUGAUGAUAUCCCUACCUUUAGAAUAUCAUCAUCGUUCACUUGAAAAGGUUGAUUAUUCUUCAAAUUAUAGGACAAAAGAAAAAUACUUUGAACUAGUAGAGAAGGGUCACUUUGAAACUGAAUACUGCUACAUUGAGAAAUUAAUGAAAGCAUCACAUUCCAUUAAUGAGGCAGUUAUUAAAAUAGAAAGUAAUGUAAUGAAGGGCUUAGUUCAAAAUAUAAAUGAUGUAAUGGAAGAAAUUAACAAAUUUAAAUUUGGUAAUAUUUUAAGAAACCUACAAUUUGUACAAGGUGAUAGAUCAAAAUUUAAUUGUAAGCUACUAGAUAAUACAAAGGGAGUAAUUGAGUGUAUUGGAAAUAUUCAAUCGGCUAUUCUUCAUAGUCAAUUUAUUAGGAUUUUAAGUGAUUGUACUGGAUCUUUAUUAGGGGAGCAAAAAUCCGGAGAAUUGGAUAUUAGAAAACAAUUCUUAUUGGAAUCUUUCAAUUUUACUACAGUUGAUAACUUUUUGUCAUUAAUAAGCUCAUUGAAUAGUUCAUUAUACACCAAUUUAGAUCCUGAUGUGAUUUUGUGUUAUGAUGAUAUUUUGAAACCAAUAAAAUUAAUUUUAUAUUCUUUAUCAAUAGGAGCCUCAUUAAUUUAUUUAGUCUCAAAUCUUAUGGAAAGUAACUCAACAUUGUGCAUGUCCAAAAAGUGCACUUUUGCAUAUACCACAUCUCAUGAAUGUUACAACUGCUCAUUAAAAACUAGGAAUCAAGUAAAUCACUAUAAUUUAGUUGUACCAUUUGAAAGUUAUGAUAUAUUUGCAGUAAAAAGCUACUCUGAUCUACUGAAUGCAGUGGAAGUAGUAAAUUUAUAUGAACAAGAACGUUUAUUGCUUGUUUCAGCAUUUGGCUCCUUCUCCCAUAUAUCUAGGAAUUCUUUAGCUAUAUGGGAGACAUUAAUAGAUACAAGUGCUUACAUAGAUCUAUAUAAUUCAGAGUUAACAAAGUUGAAUACAGUUCUUAGCUUACAAUUUGAACAAAAGGAGGUUUGUGGUCCAGAAACGAACAUGGUACAGAGUAAUGGACUAGUGAACUUGCCAGCACUUGAUAUAACUGAAUUAGAUAGUUCAAUAGUUAUGGGAAUGAUAGGUAGUGAAUAUGAAGGUCAAAGUGGCAAAUUGCUACUAAAUGGUGAUAUAAAUGAUUAUAUUAAGGAGAUUUCAGUAACUAAGAGUACCAGCAAUAAUAGAGAGGAUGCAAAAGUUAACGAGUUAAAUGCUAAAUAUAUGAAUAUUAAGCUUUUGUGUAGAGCAAUAAUGAAAACGAUUAAAAGAUUAUCUGUAUAUAACAGAAAUAAUCUUAUAGAUGGUGAUGAAUUGUUAUUCAACUAUGAAAACUAUAUUGAUACUAGAAGCCAAUGCCUUGAAGAGAUACUUCGAAAUCAUAUAUUAAGGUUGGUAUCAGUCAAAGUGAGCUAUGAUAGUAAAGAUACUUUUUCGUCUUUAAUUCAAAAAAUGUUACUACCUUUGGACUCAAAAAUGAAAUUCGAGAAUUACUUAUAUUACAUUCAGCUUUUACUUAUUAAAUACUCUAAUAGAAUUUCUACUGAAACAAAUUUGGAUAAAUUUAAAAAAGAAUCAUGUACUAACCAAUUACAGGAUUGUACCUUUUUACUAUUGAGUUUAAACUUACCAAAUAUAAUUAUCAGCUUUGAAGAUCAUAUAAAUAUACUGCUAAGAGAAUAUAAACAGCAUCCAAUACUACUAUCAAUCCAAGUUGUAUUGCAAAAAUUAGGUAUAAUGAAAUUAUUUAAUAUCAAUAUAGUUGUAGUUAUUGUAUAUAUUGAACUUAUAUUAGUACGAUGUGAGCCAUGGCAACUUUAUAUUAAAGAGGGUAGACAUCUAAACUUAAAUAUUGAAAAUUCUCUAAUCUUGCAUAUUGAAAAACUGAAGAAUUGUUUAUUUAAAAUGAGGCGAUAUCAGAUAGAUUCAUGGGAAUUACUACUGGAGGAUGUUCAUGAGUACUUUGACAACUCGGCAUCUUUGUGGUUUGGGAAGUUAUUGACUAUUAUUUUAGAUCAGUACAAGCAAUUUGAUACCCUAUGUAAAAUUCCAGAUAUUGUAUCUGAAGAGCAUUACAUAGAUCAUAUUAAAACAGUUGGAUCCAAGUUCUCUUGUUACUCUUUAUUAUCUGAUAAAAAAGAAAGCUUCAAUUUGAAUAAGUCUUCAUCAAUGUGGAAAACAUAUAAUUUACUAUUAGACUAUUUGAUAUAUUCUCCUAUCGGUGAAUAUAAAUUAAGGCUUGAAUCAAUGGAAUAUUUGCAGUCCGUUAUAUUUGAGCUUAAUAUAAACAAAGAUAUGAACAAAGGAAACUUACAUAAAAGCCAUUUAUAUAAUAUACCUAGUUCUUUAAACUCAAGUAUGUUUUUAACACUAACAAGAGUUAUUGAAAUUGGAAAAUUUUGGAAAAGUUAUAUAUUAGGUAAUAUUGAAGAUAUACGCAAAAAUACAGAAGAUGAGAUUAAAAAUUUAGUAAAAUUAUUAACAUGGGAUAUUAAAGAUCAUUUAAAAAUUCGUCAAACAAUAGGAAAAACUCAAAAGCAAUUAAAGAAUCUAGCUGAGAAGUAUAAAGAAAAUUUAUCUAUAGUUUCCAAGAAUAUACUAUUUGGAAAUGAAUCUUUGGAAGAAACAAAUUUUAAUAGCACUAAAUUGAAAAUUUUACCAAAUUUAGAUUACUGGGUACAACUUAAAAUUAUAAAGGAUAAUGAGAUUAAACAAGAUAUUUCAGUAGAGACUAAUGAAUGUCAAGAUAAACUACUUUUAUCUAAAAUUGACAUUAAACUAGCAAUAAAUAUAUCAGACAGCAUUUGUGAUAUAAUGAAUAUACUAAUGGAUAUAAGUACGAGUAAAAUGGUUAAACGUAGGUAUUACAAAAUACUAAUGGACACAGAUAAAUAUAAAAUACCCAAACUAAUACCUAUUAACGAUUAUUAUAAUAUACUGCCGAAAUACUUUACUAGCUAUAUAUCACAAUCAAAUGAGUAUGAAAAUAAUAAUUUUAAUGAAAAAUAUGCACAAGAGUUGAAUAGCUUUAUGAGAUAUAAAUCCUCUAUUAUAUCACAUUUAUACAUAGAUACGAGAACUAUUGAAUAUAAUAAUGGCAUAUUGGAACGUCCAAGUUGUAUCCAACUAACAAAAAUAGCACUAGAUUCAUCCUUUAACGAAAUCAUGCAAGUAUAUACAUAUGAAAUUAGUAAAUUUGUUAGAUUGCCACUAUGUGAAGCUGUAAUGGUAUAUUCGAAACUAGUUGAAUAUUAUGCAGAUGGAAAAUAUCAGAUGAUGAAUAUUGAUCAAUCAUUGAUUCAAACUAAUAAAAUAUUUUCAUUGGGAUUAACUAUGAUUAAAGAUUGUAUAGAUUUAGAGAAUAUUUUUUUGCAUGAAAGUAUUCCAAAAUUGGCAUUAAUAUGUGAUAUAUUAACUUUAUUAGGCCAGAUUGAUGAUCUGAAAAGUAUUAGAGAUAUUUUGAAGCAGGACUAUGAAGAUGCAAGGAGCAAGGAUAACUGUAUUCAAGAUUUUGAACAGUAUUCUGAUGUUUCAAAAGAAAAUAUUUUUUAUUACAAGAAAUAUAGUAAUUUCGAUGAUAAUUUUGAUUGUCUUGGUAUAUCUAGGAAUCUUAAUUGUGCUGCGGAAUAUGAAGAAUCACUUCCACUUUACUGCUUUAUAAAGGAAUUUCUAAUUUUCGAUUAUCUCAAUUCUAUACUAAGUAUAAAGGAUAAAAUGAUUAAUUGUUUGGCAGUAAUACAAAAAAAUGUCGUUUGUAUGAAGAGAAAUAAUAAUUUGAAUGAGGAGCUGAUAAAUCAAGUAUUAUUUCAGGAUUAUAUACAUAAAGAUGAAGACCACAUAAAUAAAUCUGACAUGCCUUGCAAUUUGCAAGAUAAGGAAAGAGGGUUGAAAGAUAAUAAAUUCCAAAUUAUACAAUUGAAGAUAUUCAAAUUAUUUUCCAUAAUGGACAUAAUCUCAAGAUUUAUUUCUAGUACAUGUGAAUACCGUCUAAUUACAAAUCUAUACGGCUCAAGUGGAACUCAUCAUCACAAUAAAUUAGAUUAUUCUAAAGAAAGAUCUUUCAGUACUGAUAAACUAAUUGAAAAUGGUCAUUUACAAUCUAUCGAAGUAGAACAUUCAUUAAAUAGCAAUAAAGAAUCAGACUAUAACCACUUUUUCUAUAUUGCAAGAGUUCAGAUGCUAAAUUUAGUUUAUAUAUAUCACAAAACCAAAAUAACUAAGGAGAUGAGAGAAUGCAUUGAUAUUCUAAGAAAUUUGGAUGAAGAUUUACUGGGUAUUAUUAAUAUUAAUGACAUAUAUAGUGUGAAUUCAUAUAUUGAAGAAUUAUUACUAGAAAUGGAGUCUGUGCUUGUAAACAAAUCGAAAGAUUUUAAAUAUUCAUGUUUGGAUCUGAUAAGAGAAAUUGAUUUGGAAGAUAAAGAGAAGUCAAUAUCUUAUGGAGAGAUGAAUAAAUUAUUGAUACAAAUAAGUACAAAAAUUGUGACUAAUAUCAAACCUGACUACCUAGAACCAUUAUUUUGUGUUCGGUUAGGACCAAAAUCUAAUGAAACUAUACACAAAAUCCUUAAUUUAUAUAAAGAUAUUUUAUUGAAUUCAUUUAAUCUAGCUCAAGAGUUAAUGGGUAAAGUAUACAUUACAAACUACUUUGUAAAAGCUAUUUAUGUACUCUUUGAAACAAACUUUUUUAAUAUAUGUGAGAAAGAACAGGAAGAACAGGAUUAUAAAGAAAAAGAUAGCAGAGAUGAAUGGAUAGGUGGAACAGGUUUUGGUAAUAUUGAUAACAAUACCAAAGAAAAUGGAAAAGAUAUAUCGGAGGAAAUAGAGGAUAAUUCGAUACUAGAGGGUUUACAGCAAGAAAGUGAGAGUCUUUCUACAAAUAAUAAUAAUAACAAUAAUAAUGGUAUUGAAACUGGUCAGGAUUUCAAAGGUGAAUUGGAAGAUAUGCCUAGAAAUGAGAAUAAUAGUAAUUGUGAUGAGGAGCAGAAUACAAGUGAAGAGGAUAAUUUAGAUAGAAUAAUAGAUAGCGUUGACUUGAGUAAUGAUCAAAGCAAUAUAGAAGAUUCCAAGAAAAGUGAUGAAACCCAACAAUACAAAGACCAAACAUCAAGUAUUGAAACAGAGGGAAAUGAACUAAAUGAUAAUACAGAUAUUGUAGCUAAACAGGAUGAGAAGGAAGAUAUCAAUAAUGAGAAAACUCAGGAUCAAAGGAAGCAAGAGAAAUUAGAUGAAAGUAAUGAAACUGAAGGCAGAGCACAAAAUGCAUAUAGUGAUAACGAAGAAGGUGAGGAUUUUCAAUUUGAGACAGAAAAUAUACUUAGUUUGGAUACAAAAGAUGAGGGAAGUAAAGAAAAUGUUCAGGAAAAGAGCGAAUUUGAAUUUGAUACACAUGACAAUCCAGUUGAUGCUUCAUUAGAUGGUAAUUCUGUAGAUAAUGUUUCAAUAAAUGACUCAGUAAGUGAUAAGGAACAGAGUGAACAAGAAAAUAGUGAUAUAGAAAGAAAUAAUAGCACUCAUAUGGAAGCUCUAUUUGAAGAGUAUGAUGAAGGAUUAGACAAAAAAGAGCUGAAGCAUGAUGAUAUAAAUAAUAUAUCUGAAAAAAAGGAUGAAAGCUACAACUUUGAACAGCUAAUUUCUGGUGAACAGGAUAGCUUUAUUCAUGACAACUCUCAUGACUCUGUUAAUAAUAAAGAUAAAGCUAAUGGGAUUGCAGCACUAAAUGAAAAUUUAGAGGAUGAGAAUAAUAAUUCAUAUGGUGGCAAUCAAGUCAGAAGUAGUGGAGUUGAAGAUCCUAACAAUAAAUUAAAUCAAUUAGGCGUACAAAAUAAUACCUCUAUAUCAAGUGAGGUUCUACAAAAUGAAAGUUUUAAUAUAGAAGAUAAUCAAUCUAUAGAUAAUAUAGAUCCAACAUCUUCUCUUGAUGGUAAUUAUAAUUUAGGUGAAUCAACAAAUUCAACUCUAAGUAGUGCGUCAAGAUUUCCCCAGAUCCUUCCUAAUCCUUUAAUGAGCAAUAUAGAUGAAACUAAAUGGUUUAAAAAGAUACAAAGACUACUAAGUAUAACAGAUAACAAAGAUGAUGAAGAUAGAAAUGAAAGGCAAGAUGAUGAAAUAGUAACAGAUAAUUCUAGCAAAAACCUAAAUCCAGAUGAUAAUAAGGACUAUAUAUUUGAUAAAAAUGAUCAAGGUAAUACUAUUGGAUUAGCUUUAAGUGCUGAUACACAAGAAAUUAGUAAAGAUCUCCAGAAAGAAAAGGAGUCAGAUAUAAAACAAACAGAUAAUUAUAGCAACUUGGAAUCCAACGAAAGUAAAAAGUUUUCUGAUAAUAUCUUAAAAUUAGAUGACAAUAAAGUUGAUAUCUUCAAUAGAAAGUCUGAUUAUGAAGUAAACCAAGAAAAUGAGAAAUCCAAUAUAGAAAGGAAUGAAAAAAGUGAGGUUUCUUGUGAUAAUUAUCUGAGUAAGUUAAAUGAUGAACUGUUAAAUAAUAUUGAAAACGAUCUUCAUCCUAAAAAUACUCAAAAUGUUGUAAAGGAAUCAAUACAAAACUUUGUUUCUAGUGACAAUACAUUGAAAUAUGAUAUAUAUAAUCAAGAAGAUCAAAUCCAAAAACUAAAUAGUUCCAGUAAUCUUACAAUUUUAUGGACUCAAAUUGAGCGUGAGAUAGUUCCAAUAGUCAAUUCACUGACUAAUCAGCUAAGAAUAAUACUAGAACCUACUGUGCGUGGUAAAAUGCAAGGUGACUUUAAAACAGGUAAACGUUUGUCUAUGAAGAAGGUCAUUGCAUAUAUAGCUUCAGAUUAUCGUAAAGACAAAAUAUGGCUCAGAAGAACUAAACCGAAUAAACGUGAAUUCAAUGUUUUGUUAUGUGUGGACAACUCUAAAAGUAUGACUAUCUCUAGAAAUCAGAAUAUAGCAAUCAAAUCUUUAUUUAUUAUUUUGCAAUCACUAAAUAGAUUGGAGGUUGGUAACUUUGGAGUCUGUUCAUUUGGUGGAGAUACUGUAAGAGAAAUUUUACCACUUAAUAGUAGAUUUACAACUAAUGAUGCUACACAGUUGUUAGAAUCAUUCAAAUUUAAUGAAGAGUCUUUUGAUUCACAUCAGAAUAGCUUGCCUUAUUUGUUGAAGAAAGCUACAGAGUUGUUGAGAGAUAAAUCAAGGACUAAUUUGAGUAAACAAUGUCAUGAGUUAAUGAUUAUUAUUACAGAUGGUAGAUUUAAUAAGCAAAAAUCUAAGAUAUGGACUGAGGAUGGAAAGAUGAAAGUUGAACCAUAUUUAGAAAACUUUCCCUUUCCAUAUUAUUCAAUUAUACAAGAUACAAGGAGAAUUCCAAAUGUCCUAUGUGAUUUGCUUAAGCAAUGGUUUGAAAUACUGUGCAAGUGA